AUGGUACGUUCACCCACCGGUGCAUGCUGCACAUGCUGUACAUGCUGUACACGCUGUACACGCACCCCAACCGGCACAUCCAAAGGCACAUCCAAAGGCACAUCCAAAGGCACAUCUGCUCACCACAGAACACACAGGCGAACUCAACAAUCAUCUCCAACACGGCAACGCUCCAGAAAUACCUCAGCCUUCCCCAGAAGGACAAGGUCAUCGCCGAAUACGUCUGGAUUGACGGCUCCAACGGCCUGCGCUCAAAGUCAAAGACCCUCUUCAAGAAGGUCACAAGUCUUGACGACCUCCCCGAAUGGAACUUUGACGGUUCGUCGACGGGCCAGGCGCCCGGCAACAACUCGGAUGUCUACCUCCGCCCCGUCGCAUACUACCCCGACCCUUUCCGUCUUGGCGACAACGUCCUCGUCAUGUGCGAGACGUACAUGUCGGACGGCAGCCCCAACGCCUACAACUUCCGCCACGAUGCUGCCAUCAUCCUGAAGGAGCACAAGAAGCACGAGUUCUGGUUCGGUCUCGAGCAGGAGUACACUCUGCUCGACGAGUUCGGCUGGCCCUACGGAUGGCCCAAGAACGGCUUCCCUGCUCCUCAGGGCCCGUACUACUGCGGUGUUGGCACCGGCAAGGUCUUCUGCCGUGACAUUGUCGAGGCUCACUACAAGGCCUGCCUGUACGCCAACAUCAACAUCUCCGGCACCAACGCCGAGGUCAUGCCCGCCCAGUGGGAGUACCAGGUUGGCCCUUGCGAGGACAUCUCCAUGGGUGACGAGCUGUGGAUGUCGCGUUUCAUCCUGCACCGCGUUGCUGAGGAGUUUGGCGUCAAGGUCACCUUUGCUCCCAAGCCCAUCCCCGGCGACUGGAACGGCGCUGGUCUGCACACCAACGUCUCGACCAAGGAGACACGUGCCGAGGGCGGCAUGAAGGCCAUCGAGGCCGCCAUGGAGAAGCUCUCUGCCCGCCAGAAGGAGCACAUGGCCGUCUACGGCGAGGACAACCAGCAGCGCAUGACGGGCAAGCACGAGACGGCUUCGUACGACAAGUUCUCCUGGGGCGUCGCCAACCGCGGCUCCUCAGUCCGUAUCCCCCGCGCCGUCGCCGCCGAGAACAAGGGCUACUUCGAGGACCGCCGCCCGGCGUCCAACGGCGACCCUUACCAGAUCACCGGCAUCAUGGCCGAGACCAUGUUCGGCAAGGUCGAGGGUGCCGAUGUCGCAAAGUUCGCCGCAAAGGCCGACGAGGUCGAGCAGGAGAUGAUCGUUCCCGUCGCGAAGCCGUAA